AGGGCGAGCCGCACCUCCGCAGCCUCAGCGAAGUUUGGCCGCGCCGCCGCCGGGGCCGCCGCCGCCCGCACCAUGUCCGCGGCCGCCUACAUGGACUUCGUGGCUGCUCAGUGUCUGGUGUCUAUUUCCAACCGAGCUGCGGUGCCGGAGCACGGGGGCGCUCCGGACGCCGAGCGGCUGCGCUUGCCGGAGCGCGAGGUGACCAAGGAGCACAGUGACCCGGGCGACACAUGGAAGGAUUACUGCACGCUGGUCACCAUCGCCAAGAGCUUGUUGGACCUGAACAAGUACCGACCCAUCCAGACCCCCUCGGUGUGCAGCGACAGUCUGGAGAGCCCCGAUGAGGAUAUAGGAUCCGACAGCGACGUGACCACCGAAUCUGGGUCGAGUCCUUCCCACAGCCCGGAGGAGAGACAGGAUCCUGGCCGCGCGCCCAGCCCGCUCUCCCUCCUCCACCCUGGAAUGGCUGUGAAGGGGAAGCACGCCUCCGAAAAGAGGCACAAGUGCCCCUACAGUGGCUGUGGGAAAGUCUAUGGAAAAUCCUCCCAUCUCAAAGCCCAUUACAGAGUGCAUACAGGUGAGCGGCCCUUUCCCUGCACCUGGCCAGACUGCCUUAAAAAGUUCUCGCGCUCGGACGAGCUGACCCGCCACUACCGGACCCACACGGGGGAGAAGCAGUUCCGCUGCCCGCUCUGCGAGAAGCGCUUCAUGCGGAGCGACCACCUCACGAAGCACGCGCGGCGCCACACCGAGUUCCACCCCAGUAUGAUCAAGCGGUCGAAAAAGGCGCUGGCCAACCCCUUGUGAGGUGCUGCCCACGGAGACCAGGGAGGGAUGGACCCCGCAAGGACAACACUCUUCCCAGGAAACCGA